AUGAAAAAACAAGGUGAUGAAAAGCCAGAAGAGGAUGAAGAAGAAAUAUUAGUUCUACUAAAGAAACUAAAUGAAAAAUAUGAAAGUAAAAAGGCCUUAAAACAACCAGCAAGACAUAGCAUUGAUAUGGGAUCAUGUUCUAAUUUCGAAUUAAAUGAAGAUCCAAAUAAUCCUAUUGAUAAAAGGAAGGUAAUUGAAUAUAAAACCAAAACUGUGAGUGAACCAGUAUAUGAAGAUGAAGUUAAUAUGCAAAUGAAAGCUCAUAAUGAAAUAUCCAGUACUAACCCUAAUAGCAUUUAUAUUCCAAUUGAUAUAUGCAUUGAGGAUUACAAUAAAUAUAAAUUAUGUGCAUAUAUUGAUAGUGGUUGUUCUACAUGUUUUGGAAAGAGAUCACUAUUUCCAGAAUUCUUGUGGAAAAAAGCCAAAAAUCCUAUGCAAGUUAGAAUUGCUAAUAAUAGUGUCAUGAUGCAUACGGAGAUAAUUGAAGAUAUAAAGAUAGAAAUCGGAGGAGUUCAGUGUGUUAUUCCUAUUUUAUGGGCAACUAAUCAGCCUAGUCAUGAUAUGACAAUAGGAAAUAAUUUUCAAAGGUUAUACUCUCCAUGCACUCAAACUAUUGAUCAAAUAAUCUUUACUAUUAAUGGUCAUUUUGUUCCCAUACAGAAAAUAACAAAGGCAUAUACUCAUCAGACAAUGGAAUUUACGCGCAGCCACCGUGGUGAUAGGGUUACUCCUACACAACGAGAGGUUGCACUUAGAAUUUUUGAGUGUGAUUCAUCAUUAAUAUAUCAGAUAAAUAAACAACAAGAAAAACUAUGCGAAAAAUUAUAUUCUACAAAUCCUUUAGAACAUUGGGAAAAGGAUAAAGCAUUUGCUAAGAUAACUCUAACAAAUCCUAAUAAGAUUAUUAGAGUGAGACAAAAGGUUUAUACUUACCAAGAUAUUCAGGAGUUUAAUGAACAAAUAAAAGAAUUGCUUAAUAAAAAGCUAAUUAGGAAUAGCAAAAGCCCUCAUAAUAGUCCAUCAUUCAUGGUAAGAAAUCAUGCAGAAGAAAAAAUAGGUAAAGCUAGAAUGGUCAUUAAUUAUAAACAACUAAAUGAUAAUACUGUUUUUGAUGGCUAUUACAUUCCUAAUAAAACUGUGUUAUUUAAUAGAAUACAAGGAGCCACAUGGUUUUCUAAAAUGGAUUGUAAGAGUGGCUACUAG